AUGAAAGUCCCAACCACCUAUAUUUUUGUUGCAACUACAGUUUUGCUGGUCGCGGGUGUCCUGGCCCAAGACCCAAUUCCCUCUGCCGCGGUCACGCCCAGCGCCACAACCGAUAGUGAUGUGCCCAAUUGCACCGCUCUGGCACUCAAAAUCAUCCCAUUCUGUGCGCAGCCAUGCUUCAUUGAAGCUGGCCCAAACCUCGGCUGCACUGGCUCCGACAUGAUUGCUUGCCAGUGCCGUCAGGCAGACAAGCUACGUAGUGUUGUUGACGGCUGCGUUAAGUCAAGCUGCCAGCCGGACGAAGUUCAGAAGGUUCUUGAUGGCUCUUCUAAGGUCUGCGACUGUGUUCUCAACAAACCAUCCACUACCAUCAGCACGUCCACGACUUCGACUACGACGACGACCUCAUCUGAGACAACAACAACUGACGACGCAGAAACCACUGUCAUCGAGACUGCCACAACUGUAGUCGACCCCAGCGCCAGCUGCACUGAACACCCUGGGAGCGAUGAAACCGAGAGCGUCACCACUGUCAGCGUUAUCUUUACUCCCACAAUCACUAUCACCGAUUGCAGUUCCGCUUGCAGCCCCACUUCUGGAGCUCUUGGAGUUAACAGCUCCACACCUCCUCAGCACAGUCAGAUUCAUACCACGGCAUCUCAGUCUCACUCUCCCAUAUCUUCAGAGGUGCCUGGUGCUGGAACCCAGACAAGGCUUGCCAUUGACAUGGUUAUGUUCUUCGCCGCCGUUGUUGCACUUCGGAUCCUUUGA